AUGAGUAAAAAACCAAAUAAUGCUGACUCCUGGGGUUGUCUUGGUACGCGUGAUGGCGCGUCAUGGUAUGACCAGGUUCCACAGCUAUCUUCACCGUACAUUUGUGAGCGUACACGAGUAUCUGAUAAAAAUAGUGAAGCAUCAUUUGGAGGUCUAGAUUAUUUCACCUCUCCGUCAUGGCUAGCUCGGUCUUUCUCAGAUGCACGGACCUACUGUCAGUAUCAUGGAGCUGAUUUAGCACUCAUCAAAUCACACGAUAUCAAUACUUUUCUCCAUGUCAGGAUUUCUGAAGAAUAUUCGGGAUCAGAUGACCAGAUAUUUUUUGGUUUGACUGACCAAGCUAAUGACGGCACAUUUAUAUGGAUCGACGGAACACCUUUACAGUAUUCUUCAUGGAGGUCUGAUCAACCAAACGACUAUAAUGGUCAAGAUUGUGCCACUCUAACACCUACUAAUCCAGACAUGGGAUGGGUUGAUGUUUCAUGCAAUGGCAUACGACCCUUCAUAUGUGAACGCUAUCAGGGUAAGUCACAUGCCAAUGAUGUAUGAUCGUUUCCGUUUCUUCAACGAAAAAUGGUUUGC